CUCAGGAAACAGCUCAGACUGAGGCUCAAAGCAGGCCGAGGAGGAGGAAGGGGCCGUGGGAGCAGAGGAGGUAGCUGCGCCUCUAUGAGGGUUCUGAGGGUCGCUGCCUGCGAAGGGAGAGGGGACCUGGGUUUGGGACAGGGGCUCUGGAAUGCAGCCCCCUUCCCUGCUACUGCUGCUGCUGCUGCUGCUGCUGCUACUGUGUCCCCCAGUUGUCAUGACCAGAGGCCUGCCGUGUGGAAGUUUACCAGAACCCUGCGCCAAUGGUGGCACUUGCCUGAGCCGGUCUUGGGGACAAGGGAUCUGCCAGUGUGCCCUUGGCUUUCUGGGUGAGAUGUGCCAGUUUGUCGACCCCUGCCAGGAUGCCCAGCUCUGCCAGAAUGGGGGCAGCUGCCAGGCCCUGCUUCCCACAUCCCCAAGCUCCUCAAGACUCCCCUCUCCAUUGGCCCCUAGCUUCUUCUGCCUCUGUCCCACUGGCUUCACUGGUGAGAGGUGUCAAUCUCGGCUGGAAAACCUCUGCCCUUCCUCCUUCUGUUCCGAAAGGGGGCGCUGCUACCUUCAAGCCUCGGGCCGCCCACAGUGUUCUUGCGAUCGUGGAUGGACAGGUGAACAGUGCCAGCUUCCAGACUUCUGCUCUGCCAACCCCUGCAUGAAUGGAGGUGUGUGUCUGGCCACAUACCCCCAGAUCCAGUGUCGCUGCCCACCUGGUUUUGAGGGCCAUCUCUGCCAACAUGAUAUCAACGAGUGCUUCCUGGACCCAGGACCCUGCCCCAGGGGCACCUCCUGCCAUAACACCCUGGGCUCCUUCCAGUGUCUCUGCCCUGCGGGGCGGGAGGGCUCGCAUUGUGAGCUCCGGAGGGGUCCCUGCUCCUCUGGGGACUGUCCACAUGGGAGCACCUGCCAGCUGGUGCCAGGGAGUCCCGCCCCCUUCCACCUGUGUCUCUGUCCCCCAGGAAUCACGGGCUUGGACUGUGAGGUGAAUCCGGACAACUGUAUCAGGCACCAGUGUCAGAAUGGGGCUACUUGCCAGGAUGGGCAAGACACCUAUACCUGCCUCUGCCCAGAAACCUGGACAGGCUGGGAUUGCUCCAAAGAUGUGGAUGAAUGUGAGGCUCAGGGGCCCCCUCGCUGCAGAAAUGGGGGCACCUGCCAGAACUCAGCUGGCGGCUUCCACUGCGUGUGUGUGAGCGGCUGGGGGGGCGCAGUUUGUGAUGAGAACUUGGACGACUGUAUGGCAGCCACCUGUGCCCCGGGAUCCACCUGCAUUGACCGUGUGGGCUCCUUCUCCUGCCUGUGCCCUCCUGGACGCACAGGCCUCCUGUGCCACCUGGAAGACAUGUGUCUGAGCCAGCCAUGCCACGAGAACGCCCAAUGCAGCACCAACCCCCUGACAGGCUCCACGCUCUGCCUGUGCCAGCCGGGCUACUCAGGGCCCACGUGCCACCAGGACCUGGAUGAGUGUCAGAUGGCCCAGCAAGGCCCCAGUCCCUGUGAACACGGUGGCUCCUGCCUCAACACCCCCGGCUCCUUCAACUGCCUCUGCCCUCCUGGCUACACGGGCUCCCGUUGUGAAACGGACCAUGAUGAGUGCAAGUCCCAGCCCUGCCGCCCAGGGAGUACCUGCGUGGACCUACUUGCCACCUUCUACUGCUUCUGCCCACCAGGCUUAGAAGGGCAGCUCUGCGAGGUGGAGAUCAACGAGUGCGCCUCAGCUCCGUGCCUGAACCACGCUAGCUGUCGUGACCUGCUCAAUGGCUUCCUGUGCCUCUGCCAGCCUGGGUUCACUGGCACCCAGUGUGAGGAGGACAUGGACGAGUGCACAAGCUCUCCCUGUGCCAAUGGGGGUCUCUGCCAAGACCAGCCUGGGGCCUUCUCUUGCCAGUGUCUCCCAGGCUUUGAAGGGCCACGGUGUGAGGUAGAAGUGGACGAGUGUCUGAGUGGCCCCUGCCCCACUGGAGCCAGCUGCCUUGAUCUCCCAGGGGCUUUCCUCUGCCUCUGCCCCUCGGGCUUCACAGGCCAGUUCUGUGACACUCCCCUGUGUGAACUCAACCUAUGCCAAUCCAAGCAACAAUGCCAGGGUCCGGGAGAUAGACCCCACUGUCUCUGCCCGGACGGGAGCCCUGGCUGCGCACCUGCUGAGGACAACUGCACCUGCCAUCAUGGACAUUGCCAGAGAUCCACAUGCGUGUGUGACCUGGGUUGGACAGGGCCCGAGUGUGAGGCUGAACUGGGGGAGUGCAAUUCCACACCCUGUGCUCACGGGGCCACCUGCUCCCCCCAGCCCUCUGGCUACAACUGCACCUGCCCCACCGGCUACACAGGGCCCACCUGCAGUGAAGAGGUGACAGCCUGUCACUCCGGACCCUGUCUCAAUGGCGGCUCCUGUGUCCCCAGUGCUGGCAGCUAUUCCUGCACCUGCCCAGCAAGCCACACAGGGCUCCACUGCCAAACCACUAUUGACCACUGUGUGUCUGCCCCGUGCCUCAAUGGGGGUACCUGUGUGAACAGGCCGGGCACCCCCUCCUGCCUCUGUGCCACGGGCUUUCAGGGCCCACGCUGUGAGGAAAAGAUCUACCCCAGCUGUGCAGACAGCCCCUGUAGGAACAGGGCAACGUGCCAAGAUGGCCCUCAGGGUCCCCGCUGCCUCUGCCCCCCUGGCUACACGGGAGGCAGCUGCCAGACUCUAAUGGACUUAUGUGCCCAGAAGCUCUGUCGGAACAAUGCCCGCUGCCUGCAAAGUGGGCCCUCCUUCCAGUGCCUGUGCCUCCAGGGGUGGACCGGGCCCCUCUGUAACUUCCCACUGUCCUCUUGCCAGAAGGCUGCCAUGGACCAAGGCAUAGAGGCCUCUGCCCUGUGCCAGAAUGGAGGCCUUUGCAUGGACAAGGGCCCUUCCUAUUUCUGCCACUGCCCUCCAGGAUUCCAAGGCAGGUUAUGCCAAAACAAUGUGAACCUCUGUGCGUCCAAGCCUUGCCAACAUGGGGCCACCUGCGUGGCACAGCCCGAUGGGUAUCUCUGCAAGUGUGCCCCAGGCUACAGUGGACAGAAUUGCUCCAAUGAACCAGAUGCUUGCCACUCGCAGCCCUGUCACAACCAUGGAACGUGCACCCCUACACCCGGAGGCUUCCACUGUGCCUGCCCGCCAGGCUUUGUGGGGCUGCGCUGUGAGGGAGAUGUGGAUGAGUGUCUAGACCAGCCCUGCCACCCUACAGGCACUGCAGCCUGCCACUCUCUGGCCAAUGCCUUCUUCUGCCAGUGUCUGCCUGGAUACACAGGCCAGUGGUGUGAGGUGGAGACAGACCCCUGCCAGAGCCAACCCUGCUCCCAUGGAGGGUCCUGUGAGGCUACAGCAGGCCCACCCCCAGCUUUCACCUGCCACUGCCCCAAGGGAUUUGAAGGCCCCACCUGCAGCCACAGAGCCCCUUCCUGUGGUGUCCACCAUUGCCAUCAUGGAGGCCUGUGUCUACCCUCCCCUAAGCUGGGCCUACCUCCCUUCUGUGCCUGUCUUAGCGGCUUUGGGGACCCUGACUGCCUGACGCCCCCAGCUCCUCAAGGUUGUGGUCCUCCCUCUCCUUGCCUAUACAACGGCAGCUGUUCUGAGACCCCCGGGCUGGGGCGGCCCAGCUUUCGAUGCUCCUGCCCUCCCGACUCUCCCGGACCCCGAUGCCAGAGGUCUGGAGCGAGGGAGUGUGAGGGCAGAGGGGGCGAUGGGGCCUGCGACCCUGGCUGCAGUGGCCCAGGAGGAAAUUGGGAUGGAGGGGAUUGCUCCCUGGGGGUCCCGGACCCCUGGAAAGGCUGUCCCCCCAACUCCCGAUGCUGGCUUCUCUUCCGGGAUGGGCAGUGCCACCCACAGUGUGACUCUGAAGAGUGUCUGUUUGAUGGCUACGACUGUGAGAGCCCUCCAACGUGCACUCCAGCUUAUGACCAGUACUGCCAAGAUCACUUCCACAACGGGCACUGUGAGAAAGGCUGCAACACAGUGGAGUGGGGGCCCUCCUUAGCCCUCCUGGUGGUGCUCAGCCCUUCAGCUCUGGAUCAGCAGCUGCUUGCCCUGGCCCGGGUGCUCUCCGUGACCCUAAGGGUGGGACUCUGGGUAAGGAAGGACAGUGAAGGCAGGGACAUGGUGUUCCCCUAUCCUGGGGCCCGGGCUGAAGAGGAGCUGGGGAGAACUCCAGACCCCUCUCAUCGAGAAAAAGCAGCCCCUCCUUUGGGCAAGGAGACGGACUCUGUCGGCACUGGGUUUGUGGUGGUGCUGGGUGUGGAUCUGUCCCACUGUGGCCCUGACCUCCCUGCUUCCCCAUGUCCCUGGGAUGCUCAGCUUCUGCUUCGCUUCCUUGCUGCAAUGGCCGCAGUGGGGGCCCUGGAGCCCCUAUUACCUGGACCCCUGCUGGCUGCUCACCCACACGCAGGCACCGUGCCCCCUGCUAACCAGCUUCCCUGGCCCGUGCUGUGCUCGCCAGUGGCUGGAGUGCUUCUCCUGGCACUUGGGGCUCUCCUAGUCCUCCAGCUCAUCCGGCGUCGACGUCGAGAACAUGGGGCUCUCUGGCUGCCUCCUGGUUUCACGAGGAGGCCCCGGACUCAGCAAACCCCACGCCGCCGCCGGCCUCCGCUGGGCGAGGACAGCAUUGGCCUCAAGACGCUGAAACCAGAAAUUGACCAGGCAGAAAUGGAUGAAGAUGGAGUGGUGAUGUGUUCAGGCCCUGAGGAAGGAGAGGAGGCUGAAGAAAUGGCCUCCCCUCCCAAGUGCCAGCUCUGGCCACUGAACGGUGGCUGUGGAGAGAUCCCUCAGAUAGCCAUGCUAACACCUCCUCAGGAGUCUGAGAUGGAGGCCCCAGACGUGGAUAGCCGUGGCCCUGAUGGAGUGACACCCCUGAUGUCAGCAGUCUGCUGUGGGGGAGUAGAGUCCAGGACUAUUCAGGGGCCAUGGUUGGGAAGUUCAGAGCCCUGGGAACCUCUGCUGGAUAAAGGGGCCUGUCCCCAGGCUCACACUGUGGGCACUGGAGAGACCCCUUUGCACUUGGCUGCCCGAUUUGACCGGCCAACUGCAGCCCGCCGCCUUCUUGAAGCUGGAGCCAACCCAAACCAGCCAGAUCGGGCAGGGCGCACCCCACUACAUACUGCUGUGGCUGCUGAUGCUCAGGAGGUUUGCCAGCUUCUACUGAGCAGCCGACAGACAGCGGUGGAUGCGCGCACAGAGGACGGGACCACACCCUUGAUGCUGGCUGCCAGGCUGGCUGUGGAGGACCUAGUUGAAGAACUGAUUGCAGCUGGAGCGAACGUGGGGGCCGCCGAUAAAUGGGGAAAGACCGCGCUACACUGGGCCGCAGCCGUGAACAACGCCGGGGCCGCUCGCUCCCUUCUCCAGGCUGGAGCCGACAAAGACGCUCAAGAUGGCAGGGAACAAACACCGCUGUUUCUAGCGGCCCGGGAAGGAGCGGUAGAAGUAGCUCGGCUGCUGCUGGGACUCAGGGCGGCCCGAGGUUUGCGGGAUCAAGCUGGACUAACGCCCGCGGACAUCGCUCGUCAACGAAACCACUGGGAUCUGCUGACCCUGCUGGAAGGGGCGGGGCCACCUGAGGCACGUCACACAGUGUCGCCAGGCCGCGAGACUGGGGCCCUCCCGCGCGCAAGGACUGCGUCAGGAAGCGUGCCUCCGCACGGGGGCGGGGCUCCGCCUCGUUGCCGGACGCUGUCAGCUGGGGCACGCCCCCGAGAGGGCGGGGCUUGCCUGCAAGCUCGCAGCCUGUCCGGGGACUUGGCCGCGCGCGGGGGCCGGGCCUAUUCGCACUGCCGGAGCCCGCCGGGAGGGGGAGCCGGGGGAGGCCUGCCCCCCCGCGGCCGGAGGUUUUCCGCCGGCCAGCGCCCCCCGCGGCCCAACCCUGCCGUUGUCCGAGGGAGGCCGGUGUGCGCGGCGGGACGCCGGAGCAAGGCCUCCUUGGAUGACUGGCCCAGUGAUUGGGUGGCCCUCGGAGGCUGCGGUCCCGCCUCCAGCACUCAGAUCCCUCCUCCUUGUCUUACUCCAUCUCCGGAGCGGCGGUCCCCUCAGAUUGUUUGGGGUCUUCCCGCUCAUCAAGGAACUUCCUUAAACCCAGGACAAGGUCAAAAUUAGGAGUCUACUUGGAGAGGAGGAGUUGGAAAAAUUAUUGCCCAGAGCUCUAGACUUCAGGAUCAGCCUCAAAAAAGAAGGGCUGCGAAUUGAAUUUCCCUCCCCGAAUCAGUGCAUGCCUAUCAAAACAAGCAUUAUCUUCCACCUGGAGGAAGUUACAGCUCUGAAAAGGGGGUGCUGAGAUGAGACAGGCCCACUUCCUCUCCUUAAGAAUUAGAGCGAGAGGCUACCUUGAAACUGGAAUCCAGAACUGUGGGCAGAUGAAAAGUACGAUUUUCUUUCUUGUGCAUGGUUCCCAAAGGGAGCUUCUAUCAUCCAUUGCUCACACUGGCCCACAAAGCUGACAUAUUUAUUGAGUACCUACCACGUACCAGGCACUGUGUAGAUGCUGAAAGGUAGCCAGUGGGCACUCCAGCUGAAGACUCCUUGCUUUCAUCCCAAGAGACUGCCGCAUGGAUGAAGCGCCAUUCGUCUAAGAACCUCAAAUCUGUUUCCAAUAAUAAACUUACUUUUUAAAAACUGUUUUUUAGAGGAGUUGGAGAAUGGAAUGGGAAACUGUAUAUGGAAGUGACCACAUACACAACAGUACUCUUGGCUGACUUGGAUAGGGGCUAGUGUUUAUUUGGGGUAUCAUCAGAAAGAGAGAAUACACAUACAUAUGGCCAUGUAGACCACAUUCCUUGUUUAGGGGUGUUUAGUUAUAGCCAAAAGAUUAGUAAGGCUUUCAGCAGAAAAUGGAGAGAAUAUCUUAAACUAUCCACUUUUCAGCUGCAUACAUUUUCACCUUGUUGAUAUUAGGCCUGAGAUGUGGAGGCAUGAGGUAUUCUGAAAAUUACUACCAUUUAUUGAUGAUUCCUAUUUGCCAGGUGCUUUAUUCCAAUUAAAUCUUCACAACAACUAUAAGGUAGGAGGUUCU